AUGGAGAAUAUAAGCCGGGGGUUCGACUCCCAUUGCAUCUCUCACCUCAAGUCAGAAGAAGCUUCUUUUGAGGAGCUCUUGGAGGGUCGGCGUCUGUCGGAGGCCGCGGGGCAGCUCAUCGCCCGAGAGGAGGGUCUGUUCGGAGGGGCGGGGCAGGAGGUCGGGGGCGCGGUCCAGAUAGCGCGUCUCGCUUCGGACCGGACGGUCUUCACCAGCCGACUGAGGCAGGCCCUGAGCCGCUCUUUUAGCUCCGAGGUGGAAGACGUCGAGGUGCUGAGGGCUGCGGUGGACGCUAUCCGCAAGGACGAGGAGCAGGACCGGCGAUGGCAGGGGACGGGUCGGGUUCCACCGGACUGGAGGCCCGGUGGCUUCUGGGCGCUCCACGACGAGGCGCUGGCGGACUUAGUGGAGGCACGGGUGAACGGAGCUUCGUCGCCCGGAGACGGACAGGGUCUGUCCUCCAUCGAGCGAGAGAUCCUCGAAGUCGGCCGGCAGCUGAAGGAGGACCUGGGCUGGGUGGUCCGGGUGGUUAAGGACUGUUACCCCGCGGAGGUGGACAUCUGUAACCUCUACGGCCGGCUGUACCACCGUGCGUUCAGCUCGAGGCUGUCGAUGAUCGCGGAGUUCGGACUGGAAGAUGAGGACUGCAGGGUCCUCCUUCGCUGGGUCAAUAGCCACUACCCCAGCAUCCUGAGAGAUGAGGCUCUGAGGGGUGAAGUGGACUCGGAUAGGCUGGGUCCCCUGCUGCCCCAAGACCUCUACUCACCCCUAGAGGCGCAGUUCCUCUCCACUACACAGGAGAGGCUUCGGAGGAGCUUGGAUCUCUUCCUGAAGGCGGAGCAGGCCUUGUGGAGUGGAGGAGCUCCACCCAUGGCUACAGAUGGCUGCCCCUCCAGCCCGCUGGCCAUAGAUGUACUCCAGUGUCUUAACGGAGCAGUAGUGGAAACAAAGUGCAUCCUGGGAGAUGAACGCAAAGCCCAGCUGGUCGCGUGUGUGCUUGUUGAAUUCCUGGACAGUUUGAAGAGCUUCCUCUCCAACGUGAUGGGCAGCUCGGCAGGAAACAGCAGACAGCUCCUCCUGGCACACCUCCUCGUCCUCCAGCAGCUCAGGGACUAUGUUGUGAAGAAGGCUCAUCUCUUCCCAGAUGAUGUGAAGGAACGCUGCCUACACACACUGAGCUCUGUGAAGGAAUCCGCUCACACGUGGCUACUGAGCCCCACCCUGAAGUCUCUGAAGCCCCACUACCCCACGCUGGGCACCUGCUGCUGGCUGAAGAGGCCGGUGCUCCAGGGUCUUCUGGACAGCCUGGAGCUCCACAUCCAGGACCUCCAGGGGCUGGGCGACCCCUGCCGGGAGGGGCUGGUGGGCCGGCUGCAGGUGGAGGUGAUUGCGGAGUACGUGAGCAGGCUGCUGAACGGGAACCGCAGACUGAAUCUGCAUCAGCAGGUGCAGGCGGCCCAGACCGUGUCUGAGCACGGCGAGCGGCUGGCAGAGGUGUUCUCUAGAGCCGGCCCCAGGGAGCUGUGGCUGGAUGGGAUCGUCUCCCAGAUUGCAGAAGUCCUCCGGCUCCAGCACCUUCCCACCAUCCAGAUCGUGGUGGCCUCCAUGGGAAUGUCCUACCCUGAUCUGAGCUCAAAGCACGUCCUCUCCCUCCUGAAGUUGAAGAGCAGUCUCUCGCGGUCGCACAGGGCGAUGGUACAAGAAGCUCUGGCCGACAGUAGGAAGGACAUCCUGACCUCUGACCCCGCGCCUCCCCUCUUCUUCUCCAGAGUUAACCUCAAGUGAUGCCCCACCAGCCAGCUAAGCCCAGCCCAUGUACUGUACAUCGCUCCGUAGCAAUGAAACGAGUCACCGAUACACAUCAGAUGGAUAGAUAGAUAGAUAGAUCCUUUAAUAAUCCUUUACAGGAAAUUACAGUGUCACAACAGCGUAUGGACAGACAUAACAAACACACAUUCCGUCAUAUAGCUAAAAUACUUAAAUACUUAAACAAUAAAUACAAUAGUAAAUGCUACAAAGUGCAGUUAUUUUUGUGCAUUAUAAAACCGUAUGGCAGCUGGUCUACAGGACUUUCUGUACCGCUCCGUUUUGCACAUUGGUGCAAUUAGUCUCCGACUGAAGGCGCUGUUCUUGAUCACCUUCAGGGCGUGGAGUGGGUGAGUGGGGUUAGUCAUUA